AUGGACAGCCCCCAGCCCGGCGCGACGGCCUCGUCGUCGUCGGCCUCGCCCAGCGGCGUCUCGGGCGUCCCGUCGCCGCAGUUCGCCAUCCUCAACUACUUCUUCCCCGGCUUCUCCGUCUUCAGCUCGGCCGCAAACGCCUACUUCGAGACCGACAUCAACACCUUUCUGCCGCUGCUGCUCGCCGUCCUCGGCGGCGUCGUCGUCUGGACCCAGGCCCGCGACUCGCUCUGGAGCCUCGUCGACGACUACCUCAUGUCGUCCGUGUGCAUCCGCACCGACGACGAGGUCUACAACAUGGUCAUGCUGUGGCUGUCCAAGCAGGGCUUUUCGCGCAACUCGAGGCACUUUCUCGCCAACACGGACAUUACCUCGCGCAAUCGGUACAUGUAUCGCUAUGCAGAUUCGGAUGACGAAGAUGCGGACGACGACGAAGACGACGACGACGAUGGCGGCGGCAAGGGCGCGGCCAGUCGCAGGAGAAAGGCGCUCCAUUACACGCCGGCCUUCGGCUCGCACUUCUUCUGGUACAAGGGCCACCCGCUCUUCUUCGAGCGGCACAAGAACCGCGAGCAGGUCAACCUGCAGACGACGAGCGAGCGCGAGGAGCUCUCGCUGUGGUGCUUCGGGCGCAACCCGCGCAUCCUCAAGGAGCUGCUGCUCGACGCGCGGCAGAUGCACAUGAGCAAGGACGAGCGCAAGACGCUCAUCUACCGCGGCAACCUCAACGAGACGUACUGGCAGCGCUGCAUGUCGCGCCUCAACCGGCCCUUUUCCACCGUCAUCCUCAACGAGCGCGUCAAGAAGGAGCUGCUCGAGGACGCUGCCGACUACCUCGACCCGGCCACCCGCCGCUGGUACGCCAACCGCGGCAUCCCCUACCGCCGCGGAUACCUGCUCCACGGCCCACCCGGCACCGGCAAGAGCUCGCUGAGCCUGGCGCUGGCGGGAUACUUUCGCAUGAAGAUUUACAUUGUCAGCCUGAGCUCGGCGGCGGCGACCGAGGAGAACAUCACCACGCUGUUCCACGAGCUGCCGACCCGCUGCAUCGUCUUGCUUGAGGACAUUGACUCGGCCGGCCUCACCCACACGCGCGACGAUGCUUCCGUCUCGGGCAGCUCGCCCACGGCCUCGGCCUCGUCGUCUUCGUCCCCCGAGUCCGCCCCCCCGCCGGCGCCCCCGGCCGCGGCACAGAGUCGUCUGUCCCUGUCCGGUCUGCUCAACAUCCUCGACGGCGUCGCCUCUCAAGAGGGCCGCAUCCUCAUCAUGACGACAAACCACAUCGAGAAGCUCGACAAGGCGCUCAUCCGCCCCGGCCGCGUCGACAUGAUUGUCCCCUUUAGCCUCGCAGACGCUGAAAUGACGUCGGCAAUCUUCCGCGCCAUCUACGCCCCCUACGACAACGAAACGGUGUCGUGCCGCCGCCGCCCAGCGCCCUCGGCCAAGGGCGGCGGCGGCAUCGGCACCGGGUCCAGCAGCACCGUCUCCGACGACAGCGAGGCCGAGGAGGAGCGGGCCGCGAUCCGCGAGCGCGUCGAGGAUCAGGCGAAGCGCUUCGCCGCCAAGAUGCCCGAGGGCGAGUUUAGCCCGGCCGAGGUGCAGGGCCUGCUGCUGCGGCACAAGCGCAGCCCGGACGGAGCCAUUGCGGCGGCCGAGGAGUGGGUUGCGAGGAUGCGCAGGAACAAGAAGGAGCAGGCAGAGCAGAAACAGACCAAGGAAGCACAGCAAGAGCAGCCGAAGCCUGAAAAGUCGGAUUCAGGGGAGUCGGACUCUGGCACGUCCGAGUCGGAGCGAGAAGAGGUCAAGGACAAACAUGAAGUAGGUGGCGAAGAGGACAGUAAGAAAAGCACCAAUUCGGAAGGGAUCAAAAGCGAAGCUGAGAUCAAGGUCAAGGUCUCUGAGGCAGCCAAGCCGUCGCCGGCCAAUGCCAAGGGCCCGCUGGCGAGAGCGAGGUUAAAGAGCGCGUCGGACUCGGGGUACGACACGCCAUAG